GUAGAAUAUCACGUAUAUGUUAUAAAUCUGUGUGCAUCUGGGAAGUCUACAGGCAUUGUUAUACAUACAGGAUGCAACACGCUUAAUACAACGGGGAGAUAUACAAGCUAUGUGUACAUAAGGAAGGGCAGGCGGUGGUAUACACAUAGGAUACCCAUUGUUUACAACCUUGUGUACAUCAGGGAGGCGUGAAGGCUGUGGUGUACACGGACGUCAUGCAAACCCUCCUCAUGUUCCUGGGUGUGUUGGUGGUGGUGAUCAUCUGUUGUGUCGACCUCGGGGGUCUUGGUAACGUGUGGAGGAUCGCUAACGAGGGCAACAGGAUUGAGUUCUUCAACCUGGACAGCAGCCCCUUCGUCCGUCACACCUUCUGGUCGACCUUUGUCCUUGGCUUCUACAUGAUGGUUGGUGAUAUUGGUCUCAACCAGGCCGUCUACCAAAGGUUCGCCUCCGUCUCCUCUCUACGUAUAGCUAAAAGGCUGAGCAUCUUCCUGGUUGGGAUAUACUGCCUGUGGACAGUGUUCUUUCUCUCCGGCUUGGUUGCCUUCGCCACCUACAGCACGUGUGACCCCCUCACCUCCGGGAAGAUCACCAAACCAGACCAGAUCCUCCCCUUCUUGGUGACCGACAAACUGAGUCACCUUACAGGACUCGCUGGGGUGUUUGUGUCGGCGGUGUACGGUGGUGUACUGAGGUCUCUGCCUUUCUUACUUGGAAUCUUGUUACUUUUGUUUCCUGUGUUACUUGUGUUGAUUGUUUUGCGUUCUACUUGGAUCUGUGUUAUUUGUGUUGGUUGUUUUGCGUGCUACGUGGACCUGUGUCAUUUGUGUUGAUUGUUUUGCGAGUUACCUGGAGCUCUGUUACUUAUGUUGUGUUACUUGUGACAUGUUAAGUGUGUUACGUGUUACCUGUGCCCUAUGUUAUUUGUAUUAUCUGAAAUUUGUGAACUAUGAUAUUUAACAUGCGUUUAACAAGUGUGUCUGUGUAAAUUUUGUAACCUGUAACCUAUGUUAACAAAUACCUGUGUCAUCUACUGUAUGUUAGGUGUGUUGUUACCUGACGAGGACCUGUGUUACUAAUGUUACCUGGACCUGAUUAUGGUAAAGUUGUAUGGUCAUAAAUAAUGUUUAUAUUUGGAAAUAAUAUUAUACCAUACUUGUACAUUCUCCACCACACACCAUCACC